UCGACCAGGACCAGUACAAAAUGGUUGACGUGCCUUGACUGUCGACUGUACGCGACACGGAUCGGUGGUUAAAACAUUUUCGUUUCUCUAUGAAGGAGCUAGGGACGAUAAACCGCGGGCAAAAUUAAUGGAUCUAUAAAAAUUAGCGGGUUUCGGGUACGUAUUCUCCGACGUGUUUAAACAACACCCGUUGUUCGAACAACAAGUCAAGUGUUCACCUGUCAAUACGGCUUCCUCUGGCUACAGUAAAGUGUGUACGUCGCGCCCUUAUUACAGUGUAAAAUACUGCAUGCAUAACUGGCGUUACCCGUUUGUACGAUGUACGUACAUCAAGCAUUUUCAUCCUCUCACGUAAUGUUCGCAAGUAGAUGCUCACAUUCGAGUUUACCUGAGCGUUGAAAUUUAUAUACCUACAUGCACCAAGUUUACACGUCGCCUGAGAAAUGUUUUCGUAGACAUUCAACAUCGUUUACAGCUUAUGGAAUGGAAUGUUUCAGUUUACGCCCUCGCAAAAUAUUAAAAUAUUCAUCCAGUCGUCGUAAAUAGAAAAGAUGGAAAAACGACAGGAAAUACUUGCACCAUUUUCAUCGGAUGAGUGCCCAAACAGCGGGGAAGACAGCGAAGAGGAUGUAAUAACCGAUUACCUGGGGUCGUCGCAUUCCGAUUGCGAUCGCGUGCCUCUGAUUAAUGGAGACCUCGCCAGUUUGAAUCUACGUGGGAAUCUGAUUACCGGGAGAGACUACACCAAAGACAAUACAGAGAAAACGGCUAUCACGAUGUCUUCUCACGACGAGCAGCAACAGCAGCAGCAACAUCAGCAGCAGCAGCAGCAACAAACGCUGCUCGCGGCGCUUGGCACUAACAAUCAAACUCAGCCUAAUCCUCUGGUGCCGAUUAUCAGCGUCACUCCUCAUUCCCCCGGUCUCGCGAAGAACUACCCCGUUCUGGAGGACAACCUGCAACAGUUGCAUGAAAUCCACGACUGCAUACAGCGUAUGAGAGAUCUGACGCUUAGCAGCUGGGGAUACAAUCAUCGCGCUGCUCAUAACGACGUACCGCAACGGUUGACGUCGUCUUGUCCAUCCCUGUGCCCCUUAACUUCAUCUGAGAUCGCGAGAUCGAACAUUAAUAACAACGACACGGGCUCCGAUCCGGACCUCUUGGCCAACUGUUCGACGAACAGCUCGCCGACGCAUUUCCCACCAUCGUCGGUAGGACCGCGAGUCUCACAAAACGGUCAAGGUAUUGAUAGAAGACGCAGCUGGACCGAUCUUGAGGACACCCGGUGCGGACGUCGAAGAUACUCCGGGCAAAAUCAUCUGCAAGCACAAAACAUGCGACAACGCAGUAUUAGUUUAAGUAGCCUAGACAGUGAAAUGGACAUAGAGUUACACGGGAAAUCGUGUACGAGACCCGUAGGGGUUGGCAGUCGAGCAUGCAGAUCCCAAGCGAGUACUCAUUCCUUGAACGAGGCCGAUCUUGUACAGAGCGAAUAUCAGAAGAUAGUUACGAAACGAUUCAAAGGUAGUCAACGAUUAGCAGACAGUAGUGGUUUAAUGCCCGACCUGACGGGCUCUCGUCUACCUCUCCAGAAAUCUAUAUCGACGCCCUCGAUCGUUACACCGCAAGUAAACACUCACUUGACUGAGACCGUGACCAGGACCGCGCCGUCUCUCGCAGCCCGACGCGAAAGAAAUGAAAAGGGUAGCGGAAGCGAGACCGAGACCGAGGAUCUUCACACGCCUAACAGCCACGAGUUUCAUGAGGAUCGAGAAGGAACGCCUAACGUUCACGAUGAAUUGUUAACCGAUGGAACUGCAUACGACGAUAAUCAUUCAGAGAAGACUAGAAGAAAACGUGGUUCAAUUUUCUUUCGUAAGAAAAAGGAUAAAAGUGGCAAGAAAACUAGUCAGCAACAACAUCUAUGGUCAACGAUGGCUGGAUCUCAGGGGAGCUUACUGUGCGACGUUUGCAUGAAACAGUCAACAAACAAACCGCUCCUACACUGCGAUAAUUGUGGAGUGUCAGUGCAUCAGAGUCAAGGAUGCAAGGAUCAGUUGGUGUUGGAGUGUGUCAAGUCAAAGCAUCACUCCGGGAAAGUAGUCGUGAAAAGCGCGUCGAGUAUAUCCACGACUUCGAGCAGCUACAACAUUAAGAGAGGAUCCACCGCCUCGCUGACUCUGUCGACGUCCGGAAGCGGAAGGGAAAUUAACAGCAAGAAAGCGGUGACGAGAUACAGCCCUUGGCGGCGAGUUGCCACUAAGCUCGGAGUCAAUCAAACGAUAAACGAGGAGAAAGACGGAGACGGACAGCAUCGCGAUAUAUCCAGCGGACUGGACGGGUACGAUGUCGGCGAUGACUCGUAUCAAUUCACCGUCGGUGAUCUAGAAGGUUUGGAUCCCGAGUUGGGCUUGGCCAAAGAGGAACCGGACUCCUGGAGUGCCACGAUCGGUCACAGCAUCGCAUUGCGGCUCGUCGACAAUUGCGAACGGAAAGUCAAAAGACAGGAACACAUAUACGAGUUCGUACUUACGGAGAAACACCACUGUCUGGUGCUGCUCGCUAUGGAAAGGAUCUUCGCGGAAGGUUUACGUCGUCAUUUUCGUCUGGGUCAACCAGAUUUGGAACGGAUGUUUCCAAGGCUGCGUGAUCUCAUCGACAUCCACUUACGAUUUCUACAAAAGCUGCGCAGGCGACAGAACGCGCACCCCGUUGUUCCUACGAUCGCCGAUAUACUCGUCGAUCAAUUCGCCGGGGAGAACGCGCAACGCAUGAAAAGUGCCUACGGGGAAUUCUGCAGUCGUCACCGCGACGCCGUCGAGGCUUACAAAUAUUAUCUGCGCCACGAUCCUCGAUUCGCGCGGUUCGUUCGUCAAUGCCAGUCGCAUCCUCUGCUCAAGAAAAAAGGAAUACCUGAGUGUAUAUUGUUCGUUACUCAACGUUUAACCAAGUAUCCACUGUUGGUCGAGCCGUUGAUAAAAACGGGUAUCGCGCAGGACGAGAGCGAGGAUCUACGGAAAGCCUUGGUACUUGUUAAAGAGAUCUUGGCCGACGUGGACGCGUGCGUGGCCGACAAGGAAAGGGAAGAUAGGAAGCUGGAAAUCUACCACAAAAUCGAUGCAAAGUCUUUCGCAACGUAUCGUGGCGUAAAAUUCAAGAAAUCCGACAUCAUGGCGUUCAACAGGAUCCUGAAAUUCGAGGGUACCGCGUAUCUAAUGCAGGGUCGCGGAAAAAUGACUGCCAUCGUGGUGGUCGUUCUCUCCGACAUACUGUUUUUCCUCGCCGAAAGAGACCAGAAAUAUACGUUCUUCGUUCCUGACAAUAAGGCCGGCAUCGUGUCGCUGCAGAAGCUGCUGGUACGCGAGAAGGCCGGUCAAGAGUCUAGAGGAAUCUAUCUGAUAAGCAGCAAUCCGGCCGAGCCUGAGAUGUUCGAGUUGAAGAUCCAGAAACCGAAGGACAAACAUCUGUGGAUACAGGCGAUCCGAUCGGCUGUCGAAGCGUGUCCGCAGGAAUCGGAGAACGAGAUGGAUGCGUUAACAGAGAACAACAAUAGCGAGCUGAGAGAUACGCGUUCAUCCUCCAUAUCUUUACUUUCUGUCGAAGUGAGGCAACGUUUAAUCAAGACUAAAGAAUCGCACGUUUUAAAGAUAAUCGGUGAACUACGUAAGAAGGAUGCAGAACACGCGAUGCUCUUGGAAGAGAAGAUCAAUCUGCAGAUGCAGCUUUUGCACGCCGCGAACAUUUGGAGCGGGAACGAGAGCAGCGACAACGAGAGAGUAGAAAAAACCGAUAAAGAGAUUCCAGAUUACACGAGAUUGGUUCAUAAUGAGGGAACGGAUACUACGCAACUACGGCAAGAGGUGAUCACGGUCAUUCAAGAGGCUACGAAACUCGCAAGUUCGCUGUCGUUCACCGCGGGUGGUGCUACGCUGUCGAGAAGUUUGAGUUCCGCAGGAGAGCGACACAGCGAAGCCUAUGUUCCGCCUUCUCUCUGCGUUCCGCGAAGAGCCGAAACGUUCGCCGGUUUCGAUCACAACAAAGAGAAGUAUCCGUUACGAGAAUCCACGAUGCACUCCGUGAUAUCCCUUCCGAAAGUCGGCGAGUUUACAAAGGAUAGUCCCGAAGAAAAGGAUAACCAGGAGUUAGAGACGAAUAAAGAUCAACAGUGGGCCGCGAUACGUUUGUCUCAUCACAUUUACAGGCUGGUCUGUAUAAUCAGCAAUCAGAUGACGACGAUCGACAGCCUGCAAGCUCAAUUAGCCGCGUGCAAAGAAGGUAGCAUGGGUAAAUCUAACAACAGGCCGAAUCCGAAUCGUCAGCUGGAAGAAUUGCGAAACUUACAAGAUCAAUUAAGCCGAGAGAAGGCGGCGUUUCGAGCUCAAUCCCAGCAAGAACAGAAGCAGCUAGAGGAGGAACGCGCCGAACUGGCGAAGCAACGCGAGCAAUUGGCAGCGGAGAAGAAUGAUAUAGCGCAGCAACGCGAUCAAUUGUACCGACGAUUGGAAGCUUUGGAGCGUCAAGGAGUCACGUUAGUUACGGGUUCCGCCCCUACUUCCACUACCAUUCAUCUUUCUCAUAUGACACAGACUGGGACUGACACGGUGCAAGCGCGAAAAUCGCAACCAGACGCCAAGAGAAUACCGUUGAAUGUAAUCAGUGCUACCAGUCAGCGAAAAGUGCAAAGUAACCUUCCGGUGAAACAGCAAUUGCCUUUGAAACUCGCUAGCGGAAGCAACAAUAAUACUAGGAGUGGAAGCACGAGUAACAACAGUCCCGAUCGACAUUCGCGAACUGGAAGCAGCCCAGCGAUCGUGACCACCGGCUCCACGUAUUCCUCACCCGAAUUGGGAAAUAAUCAUGCUGGCACGAGUCAGACUCAUUCGUCGAACCGUUCCUUACGGAUCACGCGAUCACCACCGGAGUAUUCGCACCAGCAACAGCAGCAGCAGCAUCAACGUGUUGAGCAUCAUCAACAGCAGCAGCAACAGCAGCAGCAGCAGCAACCGUUGGAAGAGGAAGUCAUUUUUUUCUGACGUUUCUUUCGUUUCGGCCGGAAGCAUUCGCGAUCUUCUCGUCCCAGUACCGGCGAUGCCACUCCAAACUCCAUGCUGACCCCAUCGCGUACUCAAUCGAAAGAUGCUCAACCCAGAAGUCGGGUCAAGUCGUUUUGACUUUCAACGUUCUCUCGAUAAGGAAACAGCUUCCACGCGAUUAAGCAAGUACUGCGUACUUCCAGGUACUCUCCAAAUUAUAUUCUGUUUUCACUUUCCCAUACGUGCUCAUUUUCAAGGUCGUCAACAAUAAAAAACGUGACUAUAAGUAAGAAAAGAAAGAAUGCAUACACGUUGCCGAUCGAUAAAAAUCACUGAAUGAAUAACGUUACUUUUUAACUGCUACCGAGGGCAAUAAUAUAUCAUUUUUACGCGAAAUUUCAUCGAUCAGAACCUAUUAUAGAGGAAUAUAUAAGAAUAUCGUAGACAAAUAAAGAACAAAAAAAAA